AUGAAAGGAAAAAGAAAAAAUGAAAAGCACACAGAAUUAGGCAACCUGUAUAACUGUAGCAAUGCAUACCUCAUCCUCUCCAAGUCGAGAUGCAUAUUAAACAUUCCUCCCCAAUUCAAGUUGGCUUCACAAUUCAAACUCGUCCUCCAGCUUCAACUGUUCUGCUGCAGCCUCCUCCUCCUCAUCAUCAAUCACAAAAUACGGGUUGUGGGCCUCGGGUUUGAACUUGUACCCAGUGAAGACAUAGAAUGCAAGUGUGGCCAACUCCCCCGCCACCACACUAGUCCAAAGAGUCAACUUCAUCAGAUUUACAGCGGCCUUUCCAUCGGUCUUGGCCGCCUCACGCAAGUUUUUGAUCGACCACACGAUAGGGAAAAGCACCGCACAACAGCAAACAACGUCAACAAGCAGGAACACCUGUUUCCAGGUGACCCAAUCCUGACCGAAAGGCCCUGUCUCAUCUAUCACCACCUGUGCUAUAUUUGCUACCACCUGAAGCGGGAUCACGAUCAUCAAUACCUUCUUCUCCUUAUCCUGCAAGUAGGGCUUCAAGAACGACCACCCAGUCCCAAUCAACACGAUCAAAGUAAACAAAGUAAUUCCCUUCAGGAAACUAAAUAUGUAAAACAACACAUCCCAGCCAUGGGCAGACCCCGUCCGCUUGAUGAGCACCACGGCCAGCAUGAAGAAGUGAAUCCCAAAAACCGUCAACAUCUUCUUGUACAAAACAGCGAUCCAGGUGGCGGCCAAAACGAAGUAGAUGAUGGAGAAGAGGAAAUAAACCCUAGGCAGAACGAGAUAAUCACGGUGGUUGGACCUGCCGUCCUCCAGGUUGUACAUGGCCGACCGAACGUUCAUAGACACCUUCAGCUGCGGAAGGCAGUUGGCGAACACGAGGGUGUACUGAUCGGCGUCGGACUCGGCGUAGAGAAAGUUCAAUUCGGAGGCGGAGGGGGACGGGAGGCGGUCAAAGGUGUAGACUUUCUGUACGGCGUCGGAUCCGAGGACGCAAUUAAUCUCGGCGUCCUCGAUUUGCUGGAGCACGCGUCGCGGGUGCAGAGGAAGAAUCCCACGCUCGAUAGGGCCGAGAGAUCGGUGGCGGGGCCGGAAAGGGAGAGCUUGGUGAUGUUGAGCUCCAGUUGGCCACGGUGGGUGAACCCGAACUCGUCGAAAGGGAUUAUCGGCCGGUCGUCGGAUCGAAUCUCGGAGAAUCGGAUCUCGGCAGCUGCGAGGGAGGCAACCGAGAGUAGGAUCAGCAGGCGGAAAGGGGGCGCCAUGGUUGAGUUGGAUCUCUCUCUGCCUCUCUGGUCGUCGUGA